AUGACUGAAUCCGGUCUGGAUCGAAUACACUCUUCGGAUGGGCAAGCAAGCGACCCAGCCGUCCCUAUCAGACGUCCUCGCAAACAGGUGUCGCGCGCCUGCGAUUGGUGUCGCACCAGACGUAUUCGUUGCGACAAUGGCCAGCCGUGCAAGGCAUGCCUAAGAAGGCAUGCCGAGUGUACGCGUGAGGGUGUCGGCCCAGACGAACCCCGGACACUGCCGCAAGCCCUGAGAGAGGUCGAUCGUCUCAAGUCUCGCAUCGAGGAGCUUGAGCAUGAACUGCUGGCGCGUCAGAACCUUUCGCAGUCUCAAACGUCGCAGCUGUUCGCUUUGCAGACGCCAGGCCAUAGCUCGACAGGCUCGGCUUCGACAGGACUCGAUUGCCUUGCCGUCUCUCCCCGUAGUAGCAGCGCAUUAAGAUCUGCCGAGACGUCAACUCUUGCCUCACCAUUAGUCACGCGGCCGCACUGGGAAGGCAUCCAUAUAGCCGCGGCUCGUUCCAACCAAGCAUCAUAUUACGGUCCUUCCUCCGUCUUCUACUUUGUCAGUCGAAUCGGAGAUUACUUGGCCAAGUCCCUUCAACAGCCCUUCGCGGAUCGAAACAUGCAACCUCGAGGUGCAAGCCGGAAUAUGAAUCUCAGCACCGCUCUCGAGCAGGAUUCGGGAGAUGCAGAUUCUUUGAGCGGCGCCAGGCCAGGCACUUCACUGUCUCGCGGGCAGGAAGAAGCAUUCCUCCGAUUAUUCUGGGAAGGGUAUCAUUGCCUCAUGCCGAUUAUUGACGAGACUGAGUUCCGGCGACACUACGCGUCUCUUUGGCAGCCAGCUCGUCAGUGCCGGAAGCCGUCUGCUCUAGUCGAUAUUGUAUUGGCCCUCUGCUUGCAAUAUGGACAUUCAUUCAUCCCACCUGAUGCCAGAUCCUCCGGGGUGAUCGCGUCGUUAACAGGCGAUGCCACCUUGGCUGGGCGAUGGCAUUACCGCCGCGCCCAAUCUCUCAUCACAUCGGAUCUUGAGAGCCCAUCAAUAACUACCGUUCAGUGUUAUAUUUUUAUGUCCAUCUACCUCUGCUGUGCGACCUUCCACAACUCAUGCCAUAUCAUCAUUGGCCAAGCAGUCCGCACCGCACAGAUUGUCGGCCUCCACCUGGAGCCACCGUCCAGUCUGCCUUCCGGUGAGAGGGAACUGCGUAAACGAAUCUGGUGGAUGCUUUGGACAAUGGACGCAAAGACUUCCGCGAAGCUUGGUCGUCCCUUUGUGAUCGACUGGGCCCAGGUCACAGUGAAGCAACCAUUGGAUGACCUUGCCACAGCAUCCUUCAACGGUGCCCGUCUUGGCUCUUAUGGCGGCAGCCUCACCUGGCUCAGCUACUCCUUGCACCUCCAAAAGCUUUUCAUCUCCAUGGUUGACAUCCACGAUUGCCUUUUUGUCUCUCUUGGCGAGGCUAUGCAGCGCAAGGGCCUCCAGUCUUUGUACCAUGACCCAGAAGCACUCGAAUCUUGUGCUGUCAUUUUCGCUACUCGAAUUCCGACUUUGACCAGGUCGUGGAAAGAGAAUGUCCCUGCAGCAUUGAAGACACCUCGCCGUGCCGGCGGUGAGCCAAUGUCGACGGACCGUUCGGCUGCCGACCUUGACGAACUCGUUCCGGCCUGGCUUUCACGGCAGCGCUUAUGUCUCGAGCUUAUGUACCACAAUGUCGUCAUCAACUUGACUAGAACUUUUAUAACCUUCUACAAACAUCCGUCCACAUAUACGCCGUUGACGGAGCGACUCGCGGCAACCUGUGUGGACCACGCUAUCGCAUUCACGCUUCUUAUGCAUCAGGCCCUCACUGAGACUGAUGUCAUGGGCGGCUGGUCCGAAUAUUUCAGUCUUCAGUGGAACGCGGCGGUGACACUCGUGGGCUUUGCAAUGGCAUACCCACUCCACCAAGCCACACCUCGAGUGCGUCAGGCUGUUCCAAAGGCGAUAGCCACGUUCGAUAUAUUUGGCCAGAACUUCAAUGUCAGUGCCGACGCAGCAACUAUCACGCGAGACCUCACAAGCAAGGCGGACCUCUUAGCUAGCCAGCUGGUGGGUGGCAUAGAGAUUGGUGGACCAACAGACGACGGGGAAUCCGCCACUCUUGAACUCAGUGUCAAUCAGAACAAUCUAGUCCGGCACGAUCCAGGUCAGCAAGCGGACGAUGUCCAAUUUAGUCAAUUCAUGGAUUGGGCGAUGUCAGUGGACUCCUAUAAUAGUUAUGAUGAUCUUUUCAAUGUCGGAGAUAAGACUGAGCAGUGGAUGUUGAGAAAUUGA